ACUUUAUUUUUAUAGACUGUAUAAUUAAAUCAAAGUGUCACAGUUUUUUUUUAGAAUAUUUGUUUUGUAUUGGCAAGUUAAGUGUGAAAUAUGGCAAUGGACACUCUGGACAUCGCCGAGAAGUAUGAGUUAGCGCUUAUGGAGAAACAGAAGCCGAUGAAUGCCGUCAUAGAUCGAGGAGAUUCUCCUGUCCAGCAGUUUUAUAAAGACACCACUGUAUUAAUAACGGGAGCAUCUGGUUUCCUGGGUAAACAGUUUAUGGAGAAAAUUUUUAGGGAUGAUGACAGGUUAUAUGACACCUUGCGUAAAAAGAAGCCCAAUUUCGCCAGUCAAAUCGUACCAAUAGAAGGAGACGUGGCCGAUUUGAGGCUUGGCCUAAGUGACAAGGAUUGGGAUACAUUGACGAAAGAGGUAAACGUGAUCGUCCACUUAGCUGCAACAGUGAAUUUUGAUGAGCCUCUGAAAAAGGCAGGUCUUAUCAACGUGCGAGGUACCCGAGAAAUGCUGGAAUUAGGCAAACAAUGCCAAAACCUCAAGCUUUUUAGUCAUAUUUCUACUGCUUUCGCCCAUGCUACUAAAGAUCGAAUAAAUAAGGAAGUCAGCGAACAGUUCUACGAGUCUCCUGUACCACCAGAUGCUUUUAUCGAGUUGGUGGAAAAUGUGGAAGAAGAACGAUUGACCGCGAUCACAUCUGGUUUAAUCAAAGGCUGGCCAAACACAUACACAUUUACAAAGGCCAUCUCAGAAGAACUGGUGAGGAGACGAGCUGGUGAUCUGCCCAUCUGUAUAGUCAAGCCAGCAGUAGUCAUAGCGUCACAUAUUGAGCCAACUCCAGGAUGGAUAGACAACCGAACUGUCAUGGCGUCGCCAGUUGGAUUUCUUCUAGGAGCUGGACUUGGCGUGAUGCAUGUCUUGUACCUCGAUAAAAACAUUAAUUUCUGUAUAACACCUGUGGACUAUGUGAAUAACGUUAUUCUCGCUGCAGGGUGGGAUUCCGUUGAGAAUAGAAAAAAUAUCAAUUCAGAAAUACCAAUCUACACUGUCGGCAGCGUCGAUUGUAACUUUUCAUGGGCACCGAUAUUGGCGACGUUGAGAACAGAUGAAUUAUUACAACUAAGCACGCCGAAAUCUUUGUAUUAUAUUUGUGCAGUUGAAACAACUAGUCCAGUACUAUUCUGGUUCCUGACAUGGCUGUUUCAUUACAUUCCUGGAUACUUAAUAGACGCCAUUGUGACUGCUCUUGGAGUCAGACCAAAAGGGCUACCAUCCAUAACAUCGAUUUACAAAAAGACCUAUAAAUUAUUCCAAGUCUACGAGUACUUCUUAUUUAAUUCUUGGAAGAUCACAGAUGAUAAUGUUGUGGCCAUGACGAAUAGGCUGGCUUCCGCAGACCAGGCCAUAUUUAGAUGCAAUGUCAGAGAAUAUGAUCCUAAGGACGUUGUCGUAUCUGUGUCUGUUGGACUGCGAAGGUAUAUCGUAAAAGAUGGCCUGAAAGGUUCAGACUAUGGACUGAAGAAACAACGAGUACUGAAAUAUGUCCACAUCCUGUGUGUCCUCUUAUACGGGUACCUUAUAUACAGCGUGCUUCGUACUGUGUACUCAGCGUUAUGUGUUCUCAUCCCGGUUUAGGCAAAAAUAAAAUGUUAUUUGUUA